GCCGCUGCUCCUCCGCGCCGGGCACCGUGCGCCGCGGCCAUCGCAGGGAGCAGCGCGCGGCCCCAUUCGCAUCGCGCCCGGGGCGGGGGUCAACGGGGAGUGGAUUGCUCCGGAGUCGGGGCAGCUGGUGGGCUGUUCCUCAGGCUGUAAAAGUUGCAUCUGGACACUGUCCUCUUGGCAGCUGGAAUUUGCCACGCUAGAUGGUAUAGGGGUUCUUGCUGCAGGCGCGAGAGGAAACAUGGCCCACUAGCGUUUCCCAGGACAGGGCAAAGUUUCAGGAUGGCAGCUCAGAGGAUUCGUGCUGCCAACUCCAGUGCUCCCCGCUGCAAGUCCGAGGGGACACUGAUCGAUCUCAGCGAAGGGUUUUCGGAAACCAGCUUUAGUGACGUCAAAGUGCCUUCUCCUAGUGCCUUGCUGGUAGACAAUCCCACGCCUUUUGUAAAUGCAAAGGAAGUUGUAGCAAUCAAAGACUAUUGCCCAACUAACUUCACAACCUUAAAGUUCUCCAAGGGUGACCACCUCUAUGUCUUGGAUACCUCAGGAGGCGAGUGGUGGUAUGCUCACAAUACCACAGAAAUGGGUUACAUACCUUCCUCCUACGUCCAGCCUGUAAACUACCGCAACUCAUCCUUCACUGACAGUGGCAUGAUAGACAAUCUGCUUGAGAGCCCUGACGAAGGAGUCCGAGAGCUAGAUCUGCUUGGAGAGUGGACUGACGUAAAGAGAAACUCUGCCAACAGCUACAGUAACAACCCUUUCUUAAACGGGGUCCAAACCAACCCGUUUCUGAAUGGAAACUUGCAAAUAACACCCAGCUCAGACAAAGAGUGCACCCCCAAAACCACUGUGGACUUACUGCUGUUUGACACGGCAGCUCCUCUGUUUACAGGGGCCGGUUCUGCAAUGAACAGCAGCAUAGGUAACAUCUUUGCUGAACUUCCAUCCACAAAUGGAUUGGAGUUUGAACAGCCUGUGAGGCGGGACAAUCCCUUCUUCAGAAGUAAACGCUCGUACAGUUUGUCGGAGCUGUCUGUCCUUCAGGCAAAAUCGGAAAUACCAACAUCAUCGGGGUUUUUUACUGGAUUAAAAUCUCCUACCCCAGAGCAGUUCCAGAGCAGGGAAGAUUUUAGAACUGCCUGGCUGAACCACAGGAAGCUGGCACGGUCGUGCCACGACCUGGACUUGCUUGGCCAGAACCCUGGCUGGGGUCAGACGCAACCUGUGGAGACCAACAUCGUCUGCAAGCUGGAUAGUUCUGGUGGAGCAGUUCAGCUCCCAGAUACUAACAUCAGCAUCCAUGUGCCAGAAGGUCACGUCUUGCCAGGGGAAACGCAGCAGAUCUCCAUGAAAGCCCUGUUAGACCCGCCCCUGGAGCUCAACAGUGACAAAUGCAGCACCAUAAGCCCGGUGCUGGAGAUUAAACUGAGCAACUUGGAGGUAAAAACGUUCAUCAUGUUGGAGAUGAAAGUGUCGGCGGAGGUCAAGAAUGACAUCGUGAGUCAGAGCUUGGUGGGACUACAGUGCCUGCGGAGUGACACAAAAGAAGGACCCUAUAUGCCAAUGCAACUCAGCUAUUCCUAUGGAGACACGAUACAGGUGCAACUGGAUAACCUGGAACCUUGUAUGUACAUAGCUGUUGUGGCCCAAGGACAGAACGUCAUCUAUCCUUACACGGUCUGGGACUACAUCAGUAAAAAGAUCACAGUGGGUGUCUAUGGCCCCAAACACAUACAUCCUUCUUUUAAAACCAUCGUGGCUAUUUUUGGACACGAGUGUGCGCCAAAGACUCUCUUAGUGACCGAGGUUACGCGGCAAAUCCACGGUGUGGCACCCGUGGCCCUGCAGCUGUGGGGCAAGCACCAGUUCACUCUGGCCCGGCCGCAGGACCUGAAACUCUGCAUGUUUUCCAACAUGACUAAUUACGAGGUGAAGGCCAGCGAACAAGCCAAAAUCGUCAGAGGCUUUCAGAUGAAGCUGGGGAAAGUCAGCCGCCUCAUCUUCCCAAUCAUGUCCCAUGACUUCAAUGAGCUCUCGGACUUCACAUUGAGGAUACAGGUCAAGGAUGACAAGGACGCCAUAUUGACCCAGUUCUGCGUGCAAACACCACAGCCACCUCCUAAAAGUGCCAUCAAGUCCACUGGGCAGAGAAGGUUCCUCAAGAAGAAUGAGGUUGGGAAGAUCAUUCUGUCCUCCCUGGCUGCCACUAGCAAAUAUCCUGCCUUUCAGGAGCGGCCGGUUGCGAGCCUGAAGUAUGGCAAACUGCUUAAAACUGUAGUGCGCCAAAACAAGAACCAUUAUUUACUGGAAUAUAAGAAAGGAGAUGUCAUCGCGCUGCUCAGUGAAGAGAAGAUCAAACUGAAAGGCCAGCUGUGGACCAAGGAAUGGUACAUUGGCUACUACCAAGGAAAAAUUGGCCUUGUUCAUGCCAAAAACGUGCUAGUGGUUGGGAAAGUCAAGCCCUGCUAUUUUUCUGGACCUGAUCUCACCACCAGUGCACUGCUUGAGCAAAUCCUGAGGCCUUGCAAAUUUCUGACCUACAUCUACGCCUCAGUCAGGACUCUGCUUAUGGAGAACAUCAGCAGCUGGCGCUCGUUCGCAGACGCCUUGGGAUACGUGAACUUGCCGCUCACUUUCUUCUGUCGAGCAGAACUGGACAGCGAGUCGGAACGGGUAGCCUCGGUGCUGGAGAAGCUGAAAGAAGACUGCAAUAAUACUGAGAACAAGGAGAGGAAAUCUUUCCAGAAGGAGCUAAUGGCGGCCUUGCUGAAAAUGGACUGCCAGGGGCUGGUCGUCAGGCUCAUUCAGGACUUUGUGCUCCUGACCACGGCCGUGGAAGUGGCUCAGCGCUGGAGGGAGCUGGCAGAGAAGCUAGCCAAGGUCUCCAAACAACAGAUGGAUGCCUAUGAAGCCCCCCACCGAGACAGGAAUGGAGUGGUGGACAGUGAGGCCAUGUGGAAACCAGCCUACGACUUUCUGCUAACCUGGAGCAACCAGAUUGGAGAUAGCUACCGAGAUGUCAUCCAAGAGCUGCACAUAGGGCUGGAUAAGAUGAAGAACCCCAUCACCAAGCGCUGGAAACAUUUAACAGGAACCCUGAUCUUAGUCAAUUCCUUGGACAUACUCCGUGCAGCCGCCUUUAGCCCUCCAGACCAUGAAGAUUUUGCCAUCUGAUGGCGGGGAUUCCUGACAUGUUUAAAUCUUCCUGGUUUUAGCCAAGGACAAAAAACAGGUGGGAGCUGACAAAAGGCCAAAGUUUGCAUGUUCGCACUGGGACUGGAAUCGCACCGUGAAGCGGGACCUCUUUUGAGUGUUCUCCCUCAUGUAGAAAGAGUCCAGAAGAGCUGGGUUUUCUCUGCUGGGGGGUUGAUACCAGUUACACCACUUUCUAUUUGUAAAGUUUAACAGUGGGGGGGAACCCCACACUUAUUUUUUAGACGUUUGCAAAUAAAUAUCUAAUUUUGUAAUGAGCAACAAAGGUUGAAACCACUUUGAUGGGAGAAAUGUUGCAUUUUUACAUUGUGUAGGAACUUUUUUAAAUGAUCACUUCUGAAAUUGACCAUGAAUCAUGUAAAUAUGUAUUUAAAACAAAGCACAUUGUGAAUUUCUCCUUUCCCUUCCCUCAACCCCCCCACCCCUUAUAAGGUUUUCUAUAGUGUGAGACUCUGGAAUCACUGUUUUAUAUUCACCAUUGCAGUAACUCUCAACCUCCUGCAGCCCUGAGAAAGUGUUACAAAGAAAAGCAGUUGUACUUGUUUUCCCAGUAGCUCUCUCUGAUCUGUGUUUUUAUAUAUACACUUUUUCUAAUGCCUGGAUCUGGAAAUACACAAUACCUAUUUUUCAAAUGUACCACUGCAGUUCUUAACUUGAAGUCAGUGCUGCCUUAGCACUCAGGCAAAGGGGGGCAUCCCUCCUGCUUGCUGCUACAAUUAGAAUUCUGGAAGGAGCCGGAAAGAUUUCUGGUUCAGCGGCGUUCCCUCCCUUUCUUCCCUCUUUAUCUUUUUUAGGGACAUUAACUACAAAGCUGCCAGUCUCCUUGAAGGUAACUUUGCUCUCUACUGACUGCUCUGUACUGCAAUAAGAGCAUCUUGGUGAUCUCUGCUGGGGACCUGCAUGCUCCAGAAGUGGUCAGGAGGGAAGAGCUGUAUUAAUGUCAUUUUAAAAAAUGUCUUUGCUAAGUUGGGAUCUGAUCCAAAGCUCAUUGGAGUCGGUGGGAGUUGUUAUGUUGACUUAGGUGCCAUUUCAGUCAGGCUCUUGAAGUUUUAGGGUUUGAUCCAAAGACCAUUCAAGUUGGUGGUGAGACUACCAGUGACUUCCCUGAGCUUUGGAUUGGGCCCCUCAAGGCUACUGACCUCCAGUCUGCCAUGUAAAUAAUCCUCGGUCAGAGAAAUGGUUACACUGAGCUGAAAUCUUACCCCUUCUGUGAACAGCCACCUCCCUUUUGAAUGAUCCUCUCUCCCUCCACCUCUGAAAUGUUUCACACGGAGGGAAAACAUAUUUUUGCACAGAACGAAGACGUUUAUUUUGAGUGUGAAAUCACAUAAAAUAACAAUGCCCCACGCAGUGAAAAACUGGUGAAAAUGUUCCCUAUUAAACCUGUUUUUGUUGGGUUGAUCACCGAGAUUGGAAGUCUAUUUUUAUUCCUUGAGUUUUAUAUCGACGAGUGAGAGGUUGGUGUGACCUCGCUAGAAGCAUCGUGGUCUUGUAUUGACGGAUCCACGAUCGCAGGUUUCCAGGAGAUAAUGGCGCAAUUCUUUUUCUCCAUUGUCAAGUUCCUGUAGAGGAGGCAACAGCUGGUGUCAGUCAUCCAUCCACCAGUGGGUUUGCUCUGAACAGGUUUUUGCUGACUGGCCUCACAGGACCGUCUCAUCCAGUGUCUAAAAUAAAAACUGCUUGGUGCAGUCUGCCUGCACCACACUACAGGCAGACCUUAGAAGUAUUCUUGUGACCCCAAGUGACUUGUGUGUCCAGGCAGGCGCUGCCAGAAUCUCCCGAGAGUAGAGCGACAAGUGAGACACGUGUGGCUUCUGGGAACCCCGCUCCUCCAAAGAACGGAGACACAGUUUAAUAGAGACUGUGCCUCGAAUUUCCCCUCCAAAUGUUACCCUGAAAGAAUUUCCCUUCGAAACAAGUCUCCCACUAAUGAAGAAUAGCACCUUAAUUUCAUGGAUUUUCUCCUCAGGGGCUUUAAGGCAUUUCCUAUGCAACUUAUCAUAGCACAGAGUUAAAACCUGGCAGGCAGUGACGCUCACAUGCGUGCUCCUUUUUUUGUUGCUGUUGAAAGGGACAGACCACCUUAAAUAUUUUUUCAUGCACCAACCUGAACGCUGCGUGGACAUGCUGGAAUCCUUGUGUAACGGAAGCUGAAGUUCAGUGCAUUCCAAAAGCCUCUGACUGGCCACAGAGAGCAGACCUGCCUGAAGAGUUCACUCUGCCAAAUGACGCCAUGUGCAUCAGCAGAGGGCUUGUAAGUAGUUGUUCAAAGCACAGACUUGUUGUGUUCUUCACCAAGCUAGCUGUUUAAAAGGCCAUGAUGGGUCUGCAGAGACCUGGGCAGAGCUUGCUGAAUGGCUUCAACAGGGGCUUUGCACGGGGAUCUAGUUGGAGAAUUAGGGUCUAACCUACUUCAGAUGAAGACAGUGGGGAAGCAGGGUGGCCGUAUCACUCUAACAGCAGCGUUUAAUCUACCGGGCAGAUGCUUUAGCCUCCUGGGAUUCUUACAAGGUGGGAAAUUACUGGCUAGUUUUGUUUUCCCAGAUUUUCUGACUACCUCAGGUCCUGUACGCCCAGCUGGACAUUUCAACGGAAGCAAAAACCCACCAUUCUACCCCAGCCUAGUCUGUUCUUCCCCCUCCCGGAGAAUCAUUUGAGCCCAAACAACUGCAAUGGUUUGGAAUGAGUCGGUGUAAUCACUGCGUGACUUCUCCCCCCCCGCCCCCCCUUAAUUUAAAAAUCCACCUCCCUUCACACACUAAAAUCCACGUGUCCAUUCAGAUGCCUGUCACCCACCACUGUCAGGCCCUGCCGUGGAGCCUUGGGCUGGACGUUGCAUUACUUUGGUAUGGACAGCAAUUGCUUAUUGUACUUAACAGCUAAUGUUUUUAAAAACUCUUUGGGAAAUAUAUUACAAUUAAAGCUGUUGUUUGAACACUC